GCCGCGGAGCCGCCAUGGACACCAGCCGCGUGCAGCCCAUCAAGCUGGCCAGGGUGACCAAGGUGCUGGGCCGGACCGGCUCCCAGGGGCAGUGCACGCAGGUGCGUGUGGAGUUCAUGGACGACACGAGCCGCUCCAUCAUCCGCAACGUGAAGGGGCCGGUGCGCGAGGGCGACGUCCUCACCCUGCUGGAGUCGGAGCGCGAGGCCCGGCGGCUGCGCUGAGCCGGUGAUGAAGCCUUACGGCCUUUACCCGAGCGGCCGGCUGGCGCCCGCCCAGCCGGGCGUGGGUCGCAGAUGGAGAGGAGUGCGGCGGUUGUGUUACUGCAAUAAAGGGUUUUUCCAGUA